AUGAAUCUUAGGACAAAGGUUAGAACAGGAUUUGUGUCACCGGUAAAGGUUGCUACAAAGGACACUGAUACCAAGGUUGCACUAUCACCUCCAAAGCAAUCUGAUAGUCGCAUACCUCAAGCUACCCUUUGGAAACAUAUUCCCUCAAUCAAUUUUGACAACGACAAUGAUAAAGACAAAGAAAAGGAAAAGGACUCAUUAUCAAAUAGAAUAAUCAAUUAUAUAUAUUCAAAGAAUGAACCAUUAUCAUUGAAUGAAGUCAUCAAUCAUCUUGGUACUGGCAAAGUCACUGGAACUGGAUCAAACGUUGACAAGAAGUUGGUGGAGUCUACAUUACAAACAUUGUUGAACAAGAAGUUGAUUGCAAAGAUUGCUGUGGACAAGACUGGUGGUCAUGGCAUAUCACUCUACUCUUCAAUCCAAUGGCAUCGACUCACUCAAUCAUACAUUGCUAGUCGACAACAUGACAAGGCCAACAACGCCAAGGACACACAAUCCACAUCAUCCACAUCAUCCACUCCCAUCAAGAGCACGACCGCCAACGACAACAAGACAAAUAUCAAUCACAACAAUCAUUUAUCAACACCAACCAAGAAGGUCAAUCAUCUGGCGACUCCAACAAAGAGCAAGGCGCUACAGGACAGUCUCAAGAGGAAGACGACAAUGAGGAAUGGUCCGAGUGAGCCAGAGUCACCUUACAAGAAGCCCAGGACUGAGAGUGAUGUCUAUCCCCUGGAAUCAAUGGUCAAUGAUGAGUUGUCGAUAAUAGCCGAGGAGAGGAAGCGUCUGAAACAAUCAAUCGAGGACAAGAAGUUUCAACUGGCAAGCUUCACAAGUACGACCAAGCCCACGCCAAUACAAGUGAGCAAAAAGUUCCAACAUGGCAGCAACCAGAAUGGCAACGUCGAUGUCCUUAUUACCAAGUGGAAGAAGGUCGCCAAGGUUCUUGUGGAGAGGCUGCAGUCGACCUACAUGGAGGCGCUCAAGAAGCAAGAAGAGUCAGACGGGCUGCUGUGCAACUUGGAUCCCAAGGUGGCGGCCCAGCGCAAGCGAAAGAAUGCACUUGCUCUUGCAGGAUUCCAACCGAGCAAUAGUUGGAUUGAUCAUGAUCGCGACCAGGAUAAAGAUCAAGCCGGCAAGGAUAGCGAUCAGUACGAUGAUGGGGGUGUUGGUGGAGGAGAGGUUGAGACACGUGAAGGCCAAGAAGAUGAAGAUAUCGACGUCACAACAAAGUUGUUCAUACUCAAGGUGUUUGGACUUGACCCCAAAGUAAUGGAUUAUGACGCGGAGAACGAUGCCUUUAGAUAA